GUAUAAAAAGCAAUGCUCGGCCACCAAUUAGUUACACUUACAAUUCCGCCGUCAAUCAGCUAACAGCUAUACAACAUAAAGAAACUCUAUUGUAGUGCAUUUAACACUUAAACAGAUCUAAAGCCAAACAAAAUGAUGUCUUACAAGCAUAUUUGGCAACUGGUCGCGUGCCUCGUUACUCUGGAAGUGGCUUGUGCCUAUCCCCAGGAGCGCCACAGUUCCGUUGAGCCUAGCCAAAGACUGAGUGCAGUAACAGAUGUUGUGUAUUUAAAUACCGACCAGAAACUUGAGCAUCUCUACAAAAUGGAGCGCACAUUGGUCAGGCUGCGCCGUGCCGUGGACGAUCUGUCCAAUGAGUACGAGAAUGCCGAUGAUAUGGAACUGGCCGAGAUAAAUGUAUUUCGGCCACUGUUUCGUUAUCGCGGUGAGGUUGCCAGGCGGGUGAAGAAUCCUCAACAGUUUGGCUAAAAUUUGGCCCCAUAAUAAUAAGUCUAGUUUCGUAUACUCAACUCAUCAGCUGCAUCAGUUUCUGACAUUAUCAUAACGUUUUGUACCAAAAGAUUUAGGUUUUAAAUUAAAAUUACAAAAGAAACAACGUUAAA